GGGACUGUUUGCUCCUACGGGCUGUAGAUGGAGCUGUCCGGCCCCGGCGAGGGGGAAGGCGCCUGCAGAACGUUCUUCUUCUCCCUGGCCGGCCCGAGCGGGGAACAGCACUCCCAGGAUGCAGUUUGUGUCAACACGGCCACAGCCUCAGCAGCUGGGCAUUCAGGGCCUGGGGCUGGACAGCGGGAGCUGGAGCUGGGCCCAGGCUCUGCCCCCGGAGGAGGUCUGCCACCAGGAUCCGGCGCUGCGCGGGGCUCAAGAAUGGGACAUGGAUGCCCGGCGACCUAUGCCUUUUCAGUUCCCGCCCUUCCCAGACAGGGCACCUGUCUUCCCUGACCGUGUGAUGAGAGAGCCCCAGUUGCCCACGGCCGAGAUCUCCCUCUGGACCGUGGUGGCCGCCAUUCAAGCUGUGGAGAGGAAGGUGGAUGCCCAGGCCAGCCAGCUGCUAAAUCUGGAGGGACGGACGGGGACAGCCGAGAAGAAGCUGGCCGACUGCGAGAAGACGGCUGUGGAGUUCGGGAACCACAUGGAGAGCAAGUGGGCCGUGCUGGGGACCCUGCUGCAGGAGUACGGGCUGCUGCAGAGGCGGCUGGAGAACAUGGAGAACCUGCUGAGGAACAGGAACUUCUGGGUCCUGCGGCUGCCCCCCGGCAGCAAGGGGGAGGUCCCCAAGGUUCCGGUGACUUUUGUCGACAUUGCUGUGUACUUCUCUGAGGACGAGUGGAAGAACUUGGAUGGAUGGCAGAAGGAGCUUUACAACAACCUUGUGAAAGAGAACUACAAAACCCUCAUGUCCCUGGACGCAGAGGGUCCUGGGCCCAAGCCAGAGGCCCCAUCCCAAGCUGAGCCCAGGGAAGAGCCUUGCGUGUGGGAGCAGCGUAACCCAGAAGAGAGAGAAAUCCUGAUGGAUCCUGACACAGGAGCGGAACCUCUGGUGCCUGCACAAGAUGCGUCUCAGGUGAAGCGUGAGGAAGCCCUGUGUGUCCGGGGUCAGCGGGGCCUGGAGGAAAGAGCUAUCCCCACGGAGUCCAUUACCGACUCGCCAGCCUCUGCCCAGGACCUCCUGUCCCGGAUCAAACAGGAGGAGAACCCGUGCGUGUGGGAUCAGCAGGACUUGGCAGAGAGAGAUAUUCCAACAGACCCCAAUUCAGAGUCUCUGAUCUCAGCACAUGACAUUUUGUCAUGGAUCAAGCAGGAGGAGCAGCCGUACCCGUGGGGCCCUCGCGACUCAAUGGAAGGAGAGCUGGGAUUAGAUUCUGGCCCCAGUGACAACCUGCUGCUGGUGAAGAACCCGGCCCCGGCCCAGCCGCCCCAGCCCGCUCAACCCAGCCUGCCCCCACCUCCGUGCGGCAACUUCGGGGUGCGCAAGAGCCUCAUCAUCCACCACCGCAGCCACACCAAGGAGCGGCCCUACGAGUGCGCCGAGUGCGAGAAGAGCUUCAACUGCCACUCGGGCCUCAUCCGGCACCAGAUGACGCACCGCGGUGAGCGGCCCUACAAGUGCUCCGAGUGCGAGAAGACCUACAGCCGCAAGGAGCACCUGCAGAACCACCAGCGGCUGCACACGGGCGAGCGGCCCUUCCAGUGCGCGCUGUGCGGAAAGAGCUUCAUCCGCAAGCAGAACCUGCUCAAGCACCAGCGCAUCCACACGGGCGAGCGGCCCUACACGUGCGGCGAGUGCGGCAAGAGCUUCCGCUACAAGGAGUCGCUCAAGGACCACCUGCGCGUGCACAGCGGGGGCCCUGGCCUGGGCGCCCCGCGGCCCCUGCAGGCGCCGCCGGACCGAGACUAGGGCUGGGCUGGGGGAGGGACGGCAAGGGCCUGGGGGCGGCCUGACGACCCUCGAUCCUGCUGUGGCUCCCAGUGCGCCUUCCCUCCCUCCACCUGGCACCCGCUGGAAAUCGGGAACAGGAAUUACACUCUAAACAGGGUCCCCAAGAGUUGGACAGGGGUCCCCUAGACCUGUCCAGCCUGAAUGGACGGCCCAGCUCAUCUCCUAGGUGGAUCAAGGGGCCGGCUGAGCGGCUUCCCGCAGGGAAGGUGCCGGAGGGACAGUGAGGAGGCCAGAGGCUUCCCGCCCGCCCGCAGACACCUGGAGUGCCCAUUUGGCCACUCGGGUCACAGAUUGUGAUCAAGGGAAGCAGCCAGGGAGUCUCGGAAGCCCGAGAUCAGGAAAUCAGGUCCCAAGGCUGAGACGCUGCAAGAGGAAGCAAAGGUGUGACCGAGCUGAGGGAUGUGCUAAGGGAUGCCACCUCCAUGACGACAACACUGCCUCGCGUUUGAAUAGCGCUUUAUACUUUUUUAAACGUGUUUUCUAUCCGUUAUCUAUUUUCACCCUUAGCCUAUCCCUCUGUGGUAGGUGGGGGUAGGGUUUGCCUGACUCGGUAACCAAGGAAAGGAGGUGCAGGCCGGAUGGUUUAGCCCAGAUUACAGAAGAGCGGCAGAGCUGGGACCAGGGCUCCUGACCCAGCGCAGUGUCCCCACCACACACACUGCCUACCUCCCGUGUUUGAGAGACAGACCUCUCUGGCCUUGCCUCUCCUGGUCUCUCUCCCUUGCCCCUGACCCACCAAAAGUAACCAGAAGCCACCGGGACAAUUCGUGGGGUUACUGGGGAUGGGGAACAGAUGGGCGACAGAAUGCCUCAGGUUGUGCUUCCGACAGACUCUUCCCAUGUGGGCACUUUUGGGGCCCAGGCCCCAUCCCCCAGCCCGUCCCUCCCACCUCUAGUCCCUCAACCUGGUGCAACCCAUCUUGUUACUACACAGUAGUGACCCGGCCCUCCAGAGGCAGCUGGUGCCCUGGGUCAGAGCUCACCCUGAUGAUUUAUUCCAGUUUCCCCAGAGCCAAAGGGUGAGAGCAAGGCUCAUGCUGCAGGGGCCGCCAUCGAGGAAGUGAAUCUCUUCCCAGGAGGGCCAGGCAGUGGGUGCUAGAGGCCGAGAGCCUCAGUCUCUCUCCUGCCCUGAGCCUCCCAACCGGUGCUAUCUGUUAACUGACCAUGCUCACGGACAUGGACGUGGACACAGACCUCCUCUGCUCCAGACCCUGCAGGCGCCUCAGGAGGCGCCCAGAGGACUCCCUUGUGUUGGUGCAAUGCUCCAUGGUCCUGAGGGGCCGCCGUCUCCAUUUCUGCGUCUUGCAUGGCCAGGCACUGGGGUGGGGUGGCAUGCCCCAGGACCCUUGUUUGUGUUGAGAAUGACUUUUCCUGCGCCGCCCAUCCACCCCACUUCUCUCCCAUCCGGGAGCACAGUGGGCAGCCUGCUCCUGGCACCACAUUUGUGAGCGCUCUGCUUCCUCCCUCACCUGCACCGCUUGGCUUUCCUCAGACCCCUGUUUGCCAUGCAAAGGGAAUUCUUGAAAUUAAAUAAAAGGUGUCCAGAUUGCA